UGGAGGUAGGACUCUCGGUGUGAUUUUGUGCAUUCAAGGUGAAAGAAUGAGCUCUUGAUCAUUGUUAGUGCAUUGAUUCUUAAAGGGUAUCACUUCUAAACACUAAAGAGGUCGGAUUCCUUUGGGUUGGAGAAGCAACUGCACCUCCAUCACUCUGUACGACACUUCAAUUCCUCAUUUACUUCAAUCUUCUCAAAUCUCAUUUCGCUUCUCUCCAAAAUAGAGAGAGAAAGUAUUUGCUUGAAACACCAUCGCCGAUGAAGAUAAUGCCGCGAAAUUUAGCGGUUUUUAUCACCGUCGGUGCUUUCCUCAUCGCCAUUACUUGCGCCGAAGAUCCAUACAGAUUCUUCGAAUGGAAUGUCACAUAUGGCGAUAUCUAUCCACUCGGUGUUCGUCAACAGGGGAUUUUGAUUAAUGGAAAGUUUCCUGGACCUGACAUUUACUCAGUUACAAAUGACAAUCUCAUCAUCAAUGUCUUCAACAGCUUAGAUGAACCUUUUCUUAUCUCAUGGAAUGGAAUACAACAAAGAAGAAAUUCAUUUGAAGAUGGGGUGUUAGGAACAACAUGUCCAAUCCCUCCUGGUAAAAACUUCACAUACAUUCUUCAAGUGAAAGAUCAAAUCGGAAGCUUUUACUAUUUCCCUUCUCUAGCGUUCCACAAAGCUGCCGGUGGGUUUGGAGGUAUCAGGAUUCUUAGCCGUCCAAGAAUUCCUGUACCAUUCGAUGAACCUGCUGACGAUUUUACCGUUCUUAUUGGAGACUGGUACAAAUCUAACCACACCGCAUUGAAAGCAAUCCUAGACCGAGGACAUAAACUACGAAAUCCCGAUGGAAUUCUUAUCAAUGGACGUGGGCCAAAUGUUACAUCCUUUACAGUCCAAAAAGGAAAAACUUAUAGGUUAAGAAUAUCGAACGUAGGACUACAGAAUUCCCUUAAUUUCCGCAUUCAAAACCACAGGAUGAAACUUGUGGAGGUUGAAGGAACACACACAGUCCAACAAAUGUAUUCGUCUCUUGAUAUUCAUUGUGGGCAAUCUUACUCGGUGUUGAUUACAGCUGAUCAGUCUGACCGAGACUAUUAUAUUGUCGUCUCCUCUCGAUUCACCAACCCAAUCCUUGCCACUACUGGAGUUCUUCAUUAUAGCAACUCCGCUAGCAAAGUCUCUGGCCCAAUUCCCGGUGGACCAACCAUCCAAGUGGAUUGGUCCCUCAACCAGGCUCGUUCAAUAAGGACCAAUCUUACAGCAAGCGGCCCACGGCCCAACCCACAAGGUUCAUACCAUUACGGGAUGAUCAACACCACCAGAACCAUCAUCAUCCAGAGCUCCGCGGCACAAGUCAACAAAAAACAAAGAUAUGGACUCAACAGUGUCUCAUUCAAACCCACCGAUACUCCAUUAAAACUCGCCGAUUAUUUCAACAUCGGUGGAGUUUUCAGAGUCGGAAGUAUUUCCGAUAAGCCCACCGGAGGUGGGUUGUAUCUUGACACCGCUGUUAUGGGGGCUGAUUACAGAACUUUCGUUGAAAUCGUCUUCCAAAACCCUGAAGAUAUCGUAAUGAGUUAUCACCUUGAUGGCUACCAGUUCUUCGUUGUGGGAAUGGAUGGAGGAGUAUGGAGUAAAGGAAGUAGGAACGUUUACAAUCUUCGAGAUGGCGUUGCACGUAGCACAAUUCAGGUAUACCCAAAAUCAUGGUCUGCAAUUUACGUACCACUUGAUAACGUGGGCAUGUGGAAUUUAAGGACAGAGUUUUGGGCAAGACAAUAUCUUGGUCAACAGUUUUAUUUACGUGUUUACACAAAUUCAGGAUCAAUUAGAGACGAAUUCCCAAUCCCAAAGAAUGCUCGUCUUUGUGGAAAGGCAAGUGGUCAACACACACGACCAUUAUAAUUUUUCCAUAAAUAUCCUCGAAGGUUUGACCUCUAAGCUAAAGUAAAUUAGGAGGUUGAGUUUAGAUAUAAUUUUCACAUAACAUAUGGUGAAUUUAAAAUAUACUAAGAAGUAUUUGGAUUGCGUAUUUAUAGCUUUAAUGUUACAUAAGCUAUAAAUUUGAAUGACCUUAUCUCAAGGUCACCUUUAUUGUUGUAUUUUUUUGUUCACACUUAAGUGGAAAUAUUGUUUUGUUUGGUGUUUAUUGAAAAAGAAAUCAUCUGUUAUUGUAAUAAAGAAAUGGUUAGAAGUUGGUGAUAGACUUCCUAUUUGUGCA